GUCAAUUGUUCAUUCUACUUUAAAAUUGGAGCAUGCCGACAUGGGGACCGCUGCUCUAGGUUGCACAACAAGCCAACUUUCAGCCAGGUAAGCGUGCUUCUAUGUCUUGAAUAUGAUUAGUUAGCUAGGGGUUUAUGGUAAGCAAUUGCCCAAUGUUUGUGUUAUAGCCCACUAGAAUUUCAGGACUUUCUUAGGUUUCUUUGUUAGCUAGCUAGCAUGACUGAUUAUACUCACAUUUGAUUGUUUACUUGUUUGUGUGGAGAUAGACGUAUGGACUUCACCUUGUGUAGGAUCAAAUAAUAAUUAAUGAAGUACUGAAACUUUGCAGUGUUGUCAAUUAGCCCUAAUUCCAUUCAUGUUUGCAAUGUUGCUUCCAUGUUCGAAUGGGCCUACGUACAUACUGCAAUAACAUAAUGUGGGCAGAUGUAUGUAAAGUAGGCCUAAAUGUUUGAUGCUGUUUCCACUAACCCUGUGUACAUUUACAUUUCAGAUUCCACGAUGGGCUUAGCUACAGAAGUGUAUAUAACAUUGUGUUCUGUUGCCUUUCAGAGAACCUGCAUUAUGAUUUAUGAGGAUAGGGUUGGCAGCAUGUCAAUGCCUCUCAGUCAAUAUUUAUAAUCAGAAGAGAAGCAACUGCUGUUGGUAGGGUGACCACAUUGAAAAUAUCCAAAUGCGGGAAAACAGGAUGAUUUUGCGAGACAUUCGUUGGGACAGUGUAGCCUACAUGAAUACAUGUUUUUUGCAGCUGCACUGAGCUAAUUGAAGCACAUGAAGCCUACUCUUUUGCCGAGCUCGCACAAAAUUUGGUGAUGCAGAAAGGAGAGACCGCAUGUGUGGCUGUUUUUAUGAAAGUCAGGGAAUAUUUGGCCAAGGAACCAUUUCUGGUUCUGAGAAUUUAAAACGGUUAGGAAGGAAGACUUUUUUAAAAAAUGGGAUUGAGUGAAGUAGCAGCAAUUACGUUGAAUGAGCAACUGAGUAUGGUGAGCCUUACAAAUUACCUUAUCUGUCAGUCUAAAACAGCUAUUUACUUACUUUUGUAGCUUUUCAUCAGAAGCACACUUUUUGUAAGUAGUUUACUCGCUGUCCGCUGCAAAUCCCGAAAGGAUUUGACAUGUGAUUGGUUGACUAUAUGAAGAGAUCCUCAACGAUUGUGUUCAACAUCACCAGUACCACGUCCUUAUAAUAUAUAUCUUGUCAUAAGCGCAACGGGACUGCAAAAGAGACAGAUUGGAAUGUAAAUUUUCAUCAAAUGAAUAGGAAAUCUGACUUAAAUAUAGACAAAUCUACCCUUUUUUGUAAAUUAGUGGUGUUUUAUUUUGUUGAUAAAAUGCGUGAGUGUCCUGCACAAUCUGGGACAUGUGGUCACCCUAGCCACUGGUGGGCUAAUGCUGAUUAUGAUAUACAUGAUGCAAUGGCAGACGGCACAACCUCAAUGGAAUGAAGUAGUGUUAGCCUGAAUGUUAAAUAUUUUACUCCAACCUGGUACUUUUGACUAUGCACACAUUCACAUGAACAUGCAGCCAACCUGCCCCCCUCAUUUAUAGUGACUGCUUGCCUGGCUCUGGCUCUUUGGUAGACAUUCAAUAGACACGAUGGCAGUUCAAUUUCCCUGUCAUUGUGCUUCAUUGAACAGCUCAGCCAGUUCAUAUCAAAAGACUUAAUCUGACUCAACCCUAGGUCUCCAAACUCAGGAUAGUUGCGCUUGGCCCCAUGCUGAACCAUGAGAAACAAAACAAAGCUUUCUAUCAGAAGACUGAUUGGGUGAUCGUCCUCUACCAGAGCAUGUGGGCGGAGUUGAGCCGUUCUGUAAAUCCCGUUCAUUGGACUGGUGCUUGCUCAGCACUCUCGCGCGCCAUGUCCUUUCCAACCGCUCCGCUAAAAACCGCUCUGCGCGCACAGGAGAGAAAUAAACUGUAAGAAGCGCUCAUCAUUUCAAAUAGGCUACAUGUUGUAUUAAACAGCAUAUAAACACUCUAAAUAGGUCAGGAGCCAGACAGGUAGCCUAAGAAGGAAAUUAAUCAUUUAAGCUAAAUUUCAAUUAUUUCAAGGCUAUAGCGUACAAAUAAAUACAUUGUGAGGCAUUUGUGAGUGCGACACACACACAUUUUGUUGUAUUAAAUCAGUAUAUUCUAUAAAUUGCGCAUAUAGGCUCUGACUUACUUCAAAUUAAAUACAAAUUAAACGAAAAAUGCUCGGUGCCUUUUGAAUACAUUUUUAGAAACAGGAGUUUGGCCAGUCUGUGGCUUUAGGCUCAUGUGGUGGUGCUCGGAGAGCAGGCCAAUGGCAAAGAAUACUCUCUCCGCGCUUGCAGAGCCACUGGGGAUGCUAAACACCCUUCAGGCCAGGCUGGUCAGGAUGCAUUUUUUGGGGGGGGGGUUAGGCCCAACGGAUUUUAGGUCAAAUAACCCUAUCAAAAUGGAAAACUACUUGAAAGAGGUAAUAUGCCAGGCCUAUUGGACCAAAAUCAAUUAUGGCCUAACUUUUAAGAGAUCUGAUUUUUAGUUUAUAAAUAGUUUGCUACAAUGACACGUUUAGCUAGAUACCCACCUCAUUCCUUUCUGUUAGCAUGUGCACGUAGUAAGUACACCAUCAUGCUUUCGGGAUGUGUCUUUUCAGAUUCCACAAUGAUUCUAUUUUUUCACUUACAUUUUUAUUUCCCCACCCCACCCUCUUUUUUUCUCUCCCUGAUUUCGUGAUGACGAUAUUGUCUCAUCGCUGCAACUCCCCAACGGGCUCGGUAAAGGCGAAGGUCGAGUCAUGCGUCCUCCGAAACAUGACCCGCCACGCUUCGCAACACCCGCUCGCUUAACCCGGAAGCCAGCCGCACCAAAUGUGUCGGAGGAAACCCAGUUCAACUGAUGACCGAAGUCAGCCUGCAGGCGCCCGGCCCGCACACAAGGAGUCGCAAGAGCGCGGUGAGCCAAGUAAAGCCCCUCCGGCCAAACCCUCCCCUAACCCGGACGACUCUGGGCCAAUUGUGCGCCGCCAUUUGGGACUCCCGGUCACGGAUCAAACCCCAGGCUGUAGUGACGCCGCAACACUGCGAUGCAGUGCCUUAGACCUGGGAGGCCCCCCACAAUGAUUCUUUAGUUGUGGACACUACAUCACCACACUCCCUCUCUUGCUCUUGUUCCUCUUCAUCUUUGUAAGUCACCUUGAUUUUUUUUUAAUCCGUUUCUUUAUGGAAAUAUGUAGCGUACUUAAUGACAGUAGCUAAAGCAAGGGGCUAUAACGGCACACAGGUAAACUACAAAUGCAUGCUGGGACGGGCAUGCCCUGAGCUCGGGAAGUGAGUGCUACUGGAGCGGGCCAGAAGGCUGACGCUCCAGCCUUUGGGAAACUCGCUGCACGCUCCAGCCUUUGGGAAACUCGCUGCACGCUCCAGCCUUUGGGAAACUCGCUGCACGCUCCAGUCAAAUUGGGUUCGCUCCGCUCACAUAUUCUGUCCUAAUAAUAGUAAUAAUAAUGUCCUCUACCCCAACUUCUCUGAAAUACAGCCCAUAGAUUCUAAGGAGAGAUUCGACUCCUACGUCAGUAAACCCAAUACCGUAUUUACGUCAAUCAGGGAACUAGACUCAUUUGGAAUCUACAAGAAUUCAAUUGAAUGAUCUAUCUCUUUUAUUCUUGUCAUCCCCGGCAGACCAUCUUGAUUCAAAACAUCUACCGUAACCCCCAAAACAGUGCACAGACGGCCGACGCCUCUCGCUGUAAGUCCAAAGAUCUGUUAGCCUCGGGUUCAGAAAUCCCUCCUCUUCCUCCCCAUAUGUAGGUCACGUAGCAGCCGAGCUGUGAGGGACUGCCUCAGCACUGUUAGCAGGGAACCCAACAUUACAGUACCUCUCUCACACUUUGGCUACUGUAACUGCUCCUCCCAGUCCCCCCUAAAUAGCAAACCAUUACUACCAGAUAAAUAAACAGGAUGCUCCUCAAUCUGUUUUGUAUUGUCAAAUAUUUCUGUUGCCUCAGUCUCUGCCCUCUCAUACGCAAUCUCUCAGCCACUCAAAAAAAACACAUUCCAUUCUUCUAUAGGCUAUGUUGACCAAUUUAAAUCCCAAACUACCUUGAGCACAAGUCCUAUAAUUGGGUAAUGCAUCUUAUAAGCAUUUGGUGAGUGUAGACCUAGUUGUAACCCUCCACUGUGUGAGCAGUACCCAGUGUUGAGCCCUGUCUUACCAGAGCUGAUGCCUGUCCUCUCACACAGGUAGGUAGGUAUGGCUGUGGACUCUCACAGGAUCCUGUCUGUCCCACUGUCCUGUCUGUCUGCCACUGUUCUGUUCUCUUCUGAUGACUGACUUUCCAAACAAGGAUCCCAGAACUAGCCAAACACCUCCCUCCUUCCUUAUUCCAGAGAUGGCUUCACAUGUGCUUUACUUAGAUGGCUUUUGUACUGUAACCUAUUCACAAACAGCUAUUUCCUUUGGGGAAAUGUAUUGGAUUGAAUUAUCAACACAUUAACACACAAGUCCUUGCUACCUCUCCAGUAACACUUGUCAGUAAUGUCUCUCUCUCUUUAACUGGCAUUACAAUGACUAGUUCUGAGUUCCUUGUGAUUGCAGCCUCCUGUGACGCCCUGGCAGAGACGUCUGUGGUCAGGAGACACACAGUUACCUUCUCUUUCAGCAUUUCAGAUCACACCAUGCACUCUAUGGUUCAGAGCAGAGUUCCAUAGAGGGGACUAAUGAAGCUAGUCAUGGCUUCAAAUGUGUAAAUUGAGAACGUCUUAGCUGACCCUAGUGUGUUCUCUUCAGGGCCUGUUGUAAGGAGCAUGAUACCUUAUCUAAUUUAACUUUCUUCCCCCAAAACCCCCAUUUCUGCUUGACCUGUAUCACAAAAAUGUCCGUUUUGUAUUUCAGACCAUUGCCCUCUUGAACAUUUACCGUAACCCUCAAAACACUGCCCAGUCUGCCGAUGGUAUACGCUGUAAGUUCCCCCUACGUUUGCAGGGCCCUGCGGCAUGGACCGCUCAUUAUAUUAUACAGUUAUCUGGUGGACACCUACCUACCUACACUGCAACAACACCUCCAUUAUAUUAUACAGUUAUCUGGUGUACACUUUCCUACCUACGCUGCAACAACACCUCCAUUCGCCAGGAAACAGCUAUAGCUUAGAUAUUUUUCCUGGAAAACAUUAUUUAGUUUUGUUUUUAGUAGCCUAGACCUGAAUUGAAUUUGCCCACCCAACACCCAUAUGCUAUUAUAUUCCUAUUAGCUGAACCCAUAAAUGUACACCGUUUUCCCUGGAGGCCUCACUGUGAACCUGAUGUGAUGGGCUCAGUGUAGUUGUGUGUGUAUAGCCUUCCCCAUGACAAUAACUAUUGCUCAUGCGAAAUAUAAAUUAUGAAGUAGUAUUUUUGUGAUGGAGAAGGUCAGACGUCCCUUGAUCAAUAGCUCUGAAAAGCAUACCUUUCCCAUAGACCCCCUGUGACUGGCAAGAUGUCAGGUAUAUAUUUACCUAGCCUAGGUUCUUAUGUUGAUUAGUAUGAGUAAAUGUAUCAUGCUUGCGUUCUAUUGCAUUCAGUUUAAUACCAAGGCCACAGGCAGGUAGAGAUGGGAAGCGGUCCUUUCUUUCAGGUUGUAUGUUAUGGAAAAAAUGACUUCUGAAAUGCAUUGAAUGUUUCUAUAUUUUGCUAGACUUUCAACUUCCUAAAUAGACUCUGGUUUUGCAUGUAUUUCUUGCUCGUACUAGCUUCGUUGGCACUCAGUUUCAGCACCAGCCAGCUUCACUGUCAGUGUUCUCAAACGGCGUCAUUGGAGCUGGCUUGUGCUGAGACAAUGUCAUUAAGGUUGUUGUUCCAAAACGUAAUCUUAAUGUUUAUAAUAACUAAUUGAUAAAAUAAAAAUUACAAUUCUAAUAGAUUACUGGCCAGAUUUACUCAGCUGUUGUACCAUUGUAAUGUUUAUCUGGUGAUUUCCAAGGGGAUAAAGUAAUUGAACAUAAAGUUAAAAUGAUGGCUAUAGGACAAAUAUGAAACAAAGUUAACCUGUACGUUAGUUUCAUGGUUUAGCUUGGUAUUUUGUCUUUAUAUUCUCGUAAAUCGUUGGAUUUGAAAUUGCACUGAUGCAAAUGCUUAGUGACUCUGCCACUGCCUCCACAUAGCUGUUUUCUCACUGGUUAUUUGUUCAUGGUUUUAGGUGCCGUCAGCGACGUGGAGAUGCAAGAGCACUAUGACGAGUUCUUUGAGGUGAGUGACCUCGGCAUGGGAGACUUGUGAUGUUUCACCUUAUCUCUGCUAAACCUGCCUGUUUUGCACGGUAUCAACUUCCUCUCUCCCAUUUACUUUCAAAACAGGGUCAAUUCUGCUGUGCCGAUAUUGGCCCUGUUCAGUGUUCACUGAUGUAAAAGGGGCAGUAUUUGUACAGCGGAGGAUAUGUAGUUGGGUAAUAGAAAAGACCCUCAGUGAGACUAAGUCAGCCGUGUAGAAACCAUGGGCAUGUUCCACAUUGCAGCUGACUUUUGAAGGCGAGUCGAGACUAACUGAUCUACAAAUCACCUCGUAUCAUAAAUAACUACUCAAUUUCCUUGAGAUUAUCAGUCACAAUUACCCAUGUAUCUCAUUUUUGAGACUUCUGAAAGUGCCCUGUUCAUGCCUAUGUCAUUGGUUUGACCUGCGGAUGACCUGUCCUCCUAUAGUAUUAAUAGAAUCAUGUUGGGGUCGUUUCCAGGGCAGCGGGUGUUACCUGUGCGCUAGAAUGCCAUUAAACGAAGAGUCUACCCUAGUGGGUCUGAGAUGCAGUGGAUUAGUGCUCUACUGACCAAAAUUAGAAACGCCAGGGGUUGUGUUGUCCCAGGUUCAUGAGUGAAAUAAUAGACCCAAAAUUUUACAUGACACAACAUAUGGAUACUCAUUGUGAUAAAUUUUUUAAUCCCUGUUAGUGAGCAUUUAUCCUUUGCCAAGAUAUUCCAUCCACCUGACAGGUGUGGGAUAUCAAGAAGCUGAUUAAACAGCAUGAUCAUUACACAGGUGCACCUUGUGCUAGGGACAAUAAAAGGCCACUUAAAUUGCAGUUUUCACACAACACAAUUCCACAGAUAUCUCAAGUUUUGAGGGAGCGUGCAAUUGGCAUGCUGACUGCAGGAAUGUCCACCAGAACUGUUUGCCAGAGAAUUGAAUGUUAAUUUCUCUCAUAAGCCACCUCCAAUGUCGUUUUAGAGAAUUUGGCAGUACAUCCAACCGGCCUCACAGCCGCAGACCACGUGUAUAGCGUUGUGUGGGCGAGAGGUUUGCUGAUGUCAACAGAGUGCCCCAUGGUGGGGUUAUGGGGUGGGCAGGCAUAAGCUACGGCCAACAAACACAAUUGCAUUUUAUCAAUGGCAAUUUGAAUGCACAGCGAUACCGUGACGAGAUCCAUUGUCGUGCCAUUCAUCCGCCACAUGAUAAUGCACGGCCCCAUGUCGCAAGGAUCUGUACACAAUUCCUGGAAGCUGAAAAUGUCCCAGUUGUUCCAUGGCCUGCAUACUCAACAGACAUGUCACCCAUUUGAGCAUGUUUGGGAUGCUCUGGAUCGACAUGUACGACAGCAGUGUUCCAGUUCCCGCCAAUAUCCAGCAACUUCGCACAGCCAUUGAAGAGGAGUGGAACAACAUUCCUCAGGCCACAAUCAACAACCUGAUCAACCCUAUGCGAAGGAGAUGUCGCGCUGCAUGAGGCAAAUGGUGAUCACACCAGAUGGUGACUGGUUUUCUGAUCCACGCCCCUACCUUUUUAUUUACGGUAUCUGUUACCAACUGAUACAUAUCUGUAUUCCCAGUUGUGAAAUCCAUAGAUUAGGGCCUAAUUAUUUCAAUGACUGGUUUCCUUAUGUGAACUGUAACUCAGUUAAGUCUUUGAAAUUGUUGCAUGUUGCGUUUAUAUUUUUGUUCAGUAUAGUUAUUAGUGGAUCUAGUGAUUUUAGUGGAUCUUUAAAUAAAGUCUGGACUAGUGGGUCUCCAUGGUGCUGCUUUACUCAUCAAUCAGUGAAAGUUUUGUCACCUAUGAUCCUUCCCCAUCUUCUGGUCCUACAGGAGGUCUUCACAGAGAUGGAGGAGAAGUACGGAGAGGUGGAGGAGAUGAACGUGUGUGACAACCUCGGAGACCAUCUGGUCGGCAACGUCUAUGUGAAGGUGAGGGUCAGAGAUCCCAUGUCAGCCGUGUUAAAUUCUCCCUGCAUCCGUCCUCAGUGUGUUGUGUUAAUCUGUCUGGAGAAACAGGAAAACGUCCCCUUUUUAUAGUAGCUGAUCUUUAUGGUCAGUCGACCUUCAUCAGAGCAUGAAUCUGUCUAAAUGGCCUCUUUCUCUCCCUCUGUGUGUGUGUGUAGUUCCGGCGGGAAGAGGAUGCAGAGAAAGCGGUGAUGGACCUGAACAACCGCUGGUUCAACGGUCAGCCUGUCCACUCAGAGCUCUCCCCGGUCACUGACUUCAGGGAAGCCUGCUGUCGGCAGUAUGAGAUGGGGUCAGUGUCAAUCUCUCUUUCUGAUUGAUAUAUCUAUACACCACUGUGUCUGCGACCAACAACAAUAACCAGGAACAUAGUGAUCUGUUUGCCUUGUUUCAGCACUGCAUUCCACCAUAUUCUUACUCCAGACUAUAAACCAGGGGUGUAAUCAGUAGUCCUAAAACUUUUUUCAACGUAAACCAUUUACACCAAACGGAAAACUUUUUACACCGAAAACGAGAGUUUCUAUUGGACAAAUUCAGAUAGAUCCCUCCCUGUUUCUUUCAGUUUGCUUCCAUUUAGUUCCGUCUGGUUCCUAGUGAAUACACACCUGGGCAAAGCUUAAGUUUCCACCUCUUAUCCAACAGGAAGAAUGUAGGCCUGUCUCCCUGCAGCAUAUAACUCAGGCUGUCUGAAAUGGCACCCUAUUCAACACUCUAUUCCCUAUGGGCCCUGGUCAAAAGUAGUGCACAAUGUAGGGAAUAGGGUGCCAUUUGGGAUGUAACCUCAAGUGUUUUUCCAUUGGAACUACCCAUCGUUUGCUUAGGCUACAGUUGAACUGUUUGGCUAACUCCAGCAGGAGAGAUGCAUGUAGCUAGCUAGGCCUCUGCUUUGGAGUGCAGGGUGGUAAACGUGCUACUCAGUGGAUACAGGUGGUGAUUGGUAAAGCUUUUCACACACACACACACACACACACACAGUAACAGUUUUAACCCCCUGCUUGCCUUCCAUCCACAGAGAGUGCACCAGAGGAGGCUUCUGUAACUUCAUGCACCUGAAACCCAUCUCCAGGGAACUCCGCCGGGACCUGUAUGGACGCCGUAGAAAAGGGUAUGACACAUUCUAGGGAAUGUUUGUAUUCCAGGAAGACCUUGUUCUGUGUCACUGUCAACUUUUGACUGUUUUAGAUUGAAUGGUGAAGCAUCCAAGACCAUACUUGGCAGUGGUGUAAAGUACUUAAGUAAAAAUACUUGAAAGUACUACUUAAGUAGUUUUUGGGGGGUAUCUGUACUUUACUUUUUAUAUUUUUGACUACUUUUACUUCACUACAUUCCUAAAAAAAAGUAUGUACUUUUUAGUCCAUACAUUUUCCCUGACACCCAAAAGUACUCGUUACAUUUUGAACGCUUAGCAGGACAGGAAAAUGGCCUAAUUCACGCACUUAAAGAGAAUCCCUGGUCAUCCCUACUGCAUCUGAUCUGGCAGACUCACUAAAUACAUGCUUUGUUUGUAAAUUAUGUGUGAGUAUUGCAGUGUGCUAUUCGUAAAUUUAAAAAAACAAGAAAAUCGUGCCGUCUGGUUUGCUUAAUAUAAGGAAUUUUAAAUGAUUUUUUACUUUUGAUACUUAAUUAUAUUUUAGCAAUUACAUUUACUUUUGAUACUUACGUUUAUUUAAAACCAAAUACUUUUUGACUUUUACUCAAGUAGGAUUUUACUGGGUGACUACCUUCAAUCAUUUUCUAUUACGGUAUCUUAACUUUUACACAAGUAUGAUGAUUGGGUACUUUUCCACCGCUGGUAUUUGGGUAGUUGACUAAUGUAAAAGCCUCCUUUGUUUUUGUAUUCUCUAGGCUGGUUAAGUCAUGUGCUGGCAUUAUGUGGUUCAAGCAUUUUAUUUAUCCCUUUCUAGCAAAGGGGGAGGAGGAGGAGGAGGACACCGCUCUCGCUCGCGAUCCCGGGAAAGGCGUUCUCGCUCCCGGGACCGUGGCCGUGGUGGCGAUGGCGGCAGAGGCGGCGGACGGGACCGCGAGAAACGGAGGUCCAGGGACCGGGAACGUUCUGGAAGAUUUUAAGAUGAGCCAAGACCUAAUUAUCCCCCUCUUCCCCCCCCCCCCCCCCAUCCAUUCUCGUGAGAAAAUGUGGACAGUUGCAAUUCAAAAGUGGGUAACUUUUCUUACCCUGGUAUUUGUUAAAGAAACAUGACAAGCUGGGUAAUAAACAGACUCCUUUGUAGUUGAUUCUUGGCUGGUUAAUCAUGUGCUGGCAGUUAUGUGGAUUAGCAUUAUAUGCCAGAGAAGAGGGUGAAGGAGGUAAUAAGGAGGCAGGGUACAACCGCUUCCGGACGAUACCCCUGACUCCAAUCCGUGAAAAGCUUAUCAACGCAUAACACCUUAGGAACCGUGGCUGUUGGGUUGGGAGGAAACGGCUAAGAAGUAGAAUGCGUGGUGGACCUGGUGCGCGAGUAAAAGGAGUCCCGGACACGGAAGUCUGUAUGAGGGUUUUAACGCCUGAGCCACCGGGUAGCAUAUCUUGGUUCUUCCCCACACCCACGUCCAUAACCUCUAAGCUUUCCGUUAUUGAAAAUGUGUGGGACAAAUGUGAACGACGUUGAAUUCCUGUUGUUUAUCGCCUUUAAUUGAAAAGACAGCAAAUAAAGCAUUGCGGCCUCAAAAAGAGCCAGACUAAGUUGGAUGAGUUCUUUGCUGUAGUCCUCAUUUUUGAAGCAUGCAGUUGGAGGUUCGAGUUAGAUCACGCACGGAAAGACGGUGAAGGGUACACUACGAGUGGUAUAGUCAAGAGUCAAUGUUUGAGCGUUGGCCACUGCCGUACGGUUUUGCAACUACAGUUGGAAGACUAACAGCCCUUAACCAGUGCAUUUUUUUAGAAUAAGUGUGCAAUAGAAAAAGUGGUUGAGAAAACUACAAGAGCAGUAAGGUCAAUCCAGAACAUGUUGGAUUGGAGAUCCUGCUAGCAAUGAGUAUGUAGAAUACCCUCUGAUUACAACACGUUUGAAUGUAAUGUAUGCAGGGUUUCUGAAGGUCGGUCCUGGGGCCCCCUCUGGGUGCAUGUUUUGGAUUUUACCCUAACACUACAAUGAGAGCUGAUUUAAAUAGGAAACAACUCAUCAAGCUUUGAUUAUUUGAAUCAGCUGUGUAGCUAGGGCAAAAACCAAAAUGUGCAACAGAGUUUUGCAGAGUUCCCUGUUGUUUUGAUCGCAGCAUUUGAACUCUGAAAAAUACGAGGUCAAAUCAUAACGUCAUUCGGACCUCUAGAAAAGGGCCGAUCUCCAGAGUUGGAUGAUCGUUUUUUUCCGAGUUCCCAGUUGUUUUGAACGCACUGAAGUCGGACAUGUCCAAGUUCCCAGUUAUUUUGAACGCACCAAUAGUUACCAGUGCGUCAUGAGUUGUAUAGUUCAAAUCAAAUUUUAUUGGCCACAUGCGCCGAAUACAACAGGUGCAGACAUUACAGUGAAAUGCUUACUUACAGCCCUUAACCAACAGUGCAUUUAUUUUUUAAUAAAAAAGUUAAAUAAAACAGCAAAAAAGUGUUGAGAAAAAAAGAGCAGAAGUAAAAUAACAGUAGGGAGGCUAUAUAUACAGAGGGGUACCAGUACAGAGUCAAUGUGCGGGGGCACCGGCUAGUUGAGGUAGUUGUAGUAAUAUGUACAUGUGGGUAGAGUUAAAGUGACUAUGCAUAAAUAAUUAAGAGUAGCAGCAGCGUAAAAAGAUGGGGUGGGAGGGCAGUGCAAAUAGUCCGGGUAGCCAUGAUUAGCUGUUCAGGAGUCUUAUGGCUUGGGGGUAGAAACUGUUAAGAAGCCUUUUGGACCUAGACUUGGCGCUCCGGUACUGCUUGCCGUGCGGUAGCAGAGAGAACAGUCUAUGACUAGGGUGGCUGUAGUCUUUCACAAUUUUGAGGGCCUUCCUCUGACACCGCCUGGUAUAGAGGCGUUCAAAACAACUGGGAACUCGGAGGGAAAAAACGAGCUCGGACUGGGAACUCGAGCCUCUUUCUAGAUCUCUGAGCUGACGAUCACCGACGUCAUGAUUUGACCUAGUAUUUUUCCGAGUACGGAAGCGUUCUGACCAUGUCCCCAAAGGAACCCAUCCGGAUUAUGUCUAAUGGUUACGCAGGUGAACAACUCCAUUGAAAUUACCAUGGGCAACUAUGACAUGCCCAGAUCACCAGUUGGAAAAAUACAAAGUCCUCACAAUGAAUAGUAACAUUUACUAAAAAACAUAUUUACGACCAUAAACCAUACGUGAAAGGCACAUUAACGCAUUGAAUGUCACAUGUGAUGCGCGAGUUGCGUAUAGGCUCCGAUGUUUCUGAAAAUAACAUUUGAAUAGGUUCUCCACUUUUUGGAAAUUAAUAUGAAUAGAUCCCUGAUAGACUUCCAACCGUUUCCCAAUGUACUAAUAACUUGUUUUCCCCAACGGUUUCCCCAAAUCUGCAUCUCUGAUUGGAGGAGGGGCAGAAAUAGACUCCCUCGCUGCAGCCAAUCAAAGUGCGCCCUAAACAUGCAUUCUUCCCCAACGAUUGGCCAAGCUCCUCGCCCUGAAAGUGCUCUUUAAUAUCGCACUGUUCUAAAAGUCUCUUUCUAUCGCCGGUGCCGGUGGACGAUUCUUUACCUCUCCAGAUUCCCAGAUCAUCAGAUACAUAGGUAAGUUGAAACUGAUCGACCACGUGUAAGAUGAUGUUAGUGCUAUUUUGGAUGCACGUUUCUUUUAUGAUGCCCUGUUUCAUUCAUCGAAAUAUAGUCCUGUCUCCUUGUAUAUAUAUUUUUUAUAAUUAUGGUGUUCCUACCUACUGAGUCAUGGCAAUCAAAAAAUAGUAUGAGGUGGGUACUACAAUGACAGUUCGUGUUUUUAACAAGCACGUGGUUUAUUUCCGGGGCCCAGAAACCUCCGAACAUGGCUAGAAGGGAUCCAACGUUUGUCAAAUUAACGUCAGAUUUCACUUUUCGUAGGAGAAGUACAUUUAGGAGUUAGGGUUAGCUAAAAUGCACACCAAAAAAAUCUUAUUUUGACCCACCAUAUGGGACUAUAUGUGAACUGAGUACAUGAUUGCUCUGUGUUGAGAAAUAAAUGUUAUCGUUUGAAAAAACAGUAUUGAAUGAAUUGACCUGUGAAUCAUUCAUCACAUCUUUCUGUUCUGGUGACUGAGGGCUGCAGGUAAUGAAUUUGAGCUACACCUAUACAGUUCAUUUUGCCCCCCCACAAUUUGCCAUGAUUGAGUGCACUCUUGUGCCAUGGCCCUGAUAGUGGACUAAACCAAGCAUAUGUUUCUAGUAUGGCCCUAAAAAGACAGUGCUCAAUAAUGCCUGUCAGAACUAUUCAGAGGCAAAGCCAUCAAGCCCAUAGCAGGCGAAACUCCAUGGGAAGGACGUUUCUGACGGCUCCACCAGAGUGGAGCAGAGACCAGUCUUUGUGGAAUUUAGCUCCGACUACAUUGAUUCGCCUAAGGUGAAGUCUGUGGUUGUAUUUGAUUAAAGUUUAUUGAAAAAGUAUGGAUUAAAGCAAACAAACAAAGGCACGCAAUUACAAAGGGCAAACAUAGGUACAAGGUAGGCGUUUAACAUGUUUUAAAGUACUGACCUUCAGUGAAUAAUGUAGUCGAUGCUAGAUUCCACAAAGUCUGGUCUCUGCUCCGCUCCGUUGGUGGAGUCAUCAGAAACGUCCUUUGCCAUGGAGUUUAGUCCGCUAUGGGCUUGAUGGCUUUGUCUCUGAAUAGUUAUGAAAGGCAUUAUUGGGCACUGUCUUUUUAGGGCAGUUUUAUUUAUUAUUAUAGGGUUGUAGAUACUGUCCUGUUUGAUUAUACAUCAUUGCACACUAUCUUUUAAUUCCACUACUUUUGGGAGUUCUGAAAGGAGAAUUUUUAAUUUUUUAAUCAUACUUCUUGCGUUGCACCACUGUUUGUUGUCGAACUGAUGCUAAAAAGUAUUGAGAGUAUCUGUUGAGAGAAAUCUCCAAAGGCAGUUUGUCUCAUGUAGUAAUAACACUGUUACCACCGGUUUGUUGGGUCUGAAGGGUGUCUGCUCCACUUGUUUGGUUACACACCCUAGGCAAGCUGUGACGCAACACAACACCUCUGACCAUUUCAGCCUCACUGCCACUCAGUGAACCUGUCUGCAAGGGGGAUCAGAUUGCAAAUGAACCCACCCAAGGAACACUCAACCCUCUGCUCCCAUAUCUGCCAUAGCAGUAGUAGACCUACGCUUUAACAGAAGUAGCUAGACCUGUAGUAGUAGUCCCAUUAAGAAAUGCACUGGUUCAGAAAGGAACGUUUCCUUUGGUCUCUCUCCGUCUCCCACCGUACCUUGUUUUCCUAAGGACACAAUGCUCUCCUGUGGGUUUAUUGUGUGCUGGUCAUUUGGUGUCAAGCCACUCAGGCGAGGUUUGUGUCUUCAGCGCGGUUCAGAAAGAGGUCCAUUUGAACAGCUGCUUGGAAGUGGACACUGCAUAUUAGUAUUAGACGGUUAGACGGGGGGCAACCAAAUGGACUGAACUCUCUGUCUGGGAAUCCAAAGAAUUAGUCCCAUUUUAAUAGGUUAGGGACAGUACGUUGUCUUGUUAAUAGGUUAGGGACAGUACGUUGUCUUGUUAAUAGGUUAGGGACAGUACGUUGUCUUGUUAAUAGGUUAGGGACAGUACGUUGUCUUGUUAAUAGGUUAGGGACAGUACGUUGUCUUGUUAAUAGGUUAGGGACAGUACGUUGUCUUGUUAAUAGGUUAGGGACAGUACGUUGUCUUGUUAAUACGUUAGGGACAGUACGUUGUCUUGUUAAUACGUUAGGGACAGUACGUUGUCUUGUUAAUACGUUAGGGACAGUACGUUGUCUUGUUAAUAGGUUAGGGAGAGUACGUUGUCUUGUUAAUACGUUAGGGACAGUACGUUGUCUUGUUAAUACGUUAGGGACAGUACUUUGUCUUGUUAAUACGUUAGGGACAGUACGUUGUCUUGUUAAUACGUUAGGGACAGUACGUUGUCUUGUAAUACUUUAGGGACAGUACGUUGUCCUUGUUAAUACGUUUAGGGACAGUACGUUGUCUUGUUAAUAGUUAGGGACAGUACGUUGUCUUGUUAAUACUUUAGGGACAGUACGUUGUCUUGUUAAUAGGUUAGGGGACAGUACGUUGUCUUGUUAAUAGGUUAGGGACAGUACGUUGUCUUGUUAAUACGUUGGGACAGUAUGUUGUUCUUGUUAAUAGGUUAGGGAGUACGUUGUCUUGUUAAUACUUUAGGGACAGUACGUUGUCUUGUUAAUACGUUAGGGUAGUACGUUGUCCUGUUAAACGUUAGGGACAGUAGUUGUCUUGUUAAUACGUUUAGGGAAGUACGUUGUCUUGUUAAUAGGUUAGGGACAGUACGUGUCUUGUUAAAGGUUAGGGACAGUACGUUGUCUUGUUAAUAGUUAGGGACAGUACGUUGUCUUGUUAUUUAGGGACAGUACGUUGUCUUGUUAAUCUUUAGGGACAGUACGUUGUCUUGUUAUAGGUUAGGGAGUACGUUGUCUUGUUAAUAGGUUAGGGACAGUACGUUGUCUUGUUAAUAAGUUAGGGACAGUACGUUGUCUUGUUAAUAGUUAGGGACAGUCGUUGUCUGUUAAUAGGUUAGGGACAGUACGUUGUCUUGUUAAUACGUUAGGGACGUACGUUGUCUUGUUAAUAGGUUAGGACAGUACGUGUCUUGUUAAUAGGUUAGGGACAGUACGUUGUCUUGUUAAUAGGUUAGGGACAGUACGUUGUCUUGUUAAUACGUUAAGGGUAGUACGUUGUCUUGUUAAUAGGUUAAGGGACAGUACGUUGUCUUGUUAAUACGUUAGGGACAGUACAUUGUCUUGUUAAUAGGUUAAGGGAGUACUUGUCUUGUAAUAGGUUAGGGACAGUAUGUUGUCUUGUUAAUACUUUAGGGACGUACGUUGUCUUGUUAAUAGUUAAGGAGUACGUUGUCUUGUUAAUACGUUAGGGACAGUACGUUGUCUUGUUAAUACUUUAGGGACAGUACGUUGUCUUGUUAAUACGUUUAGGGCAGUACGUUGUCUUGUUAAUAGGUUAGGGACAGUACGUUGUCUUGUUAAUACGUUAGGGACAGUACGUUGUCUUGUUAAUAGUUAGGGACAGUACGUUGUCUUGUUAAUACGUUAGGGACAGUAUGUGUCUUGUUAAUAGGUUAGGGACGUACUUGUCUGUUAAUAGGUUAGGGAGAGUACGUUGUCUUGUUAAUAGGUUAGGGACAGUACGUUGUCUUGUUAAUACGUUAGGGACAGUACGUUGUCUUGUUAAUAGGUUAGGGACAGUACGUUGUCUUGUUAAUACGUUAGGGACAGUACGUUGUCUUGUUAAUAGGUUAGGGACAGUACGUUGUCUUGUUAAUACGUUAGGGACAGUACGUUGUCUUGUUAAUACGUUAGGGACAGUACGUUGUCUUGUUAAUACGUUAGGGACAGUACGUUGUCUUGUUAAUACGUUAGGGACAGUACGUUGUCUUGUUAAUACGUUAGGGACAGUACGUUGUCUUGUUAAUACGUUAGGGACAGUACGUUGUCUUGUUAAUAGGUUAGGGACAGUACGUUGUCUUGUUAAUACGUUAGGGACAGUACGUUGUCUUGUUAAUAGGUUAGGGACAGUACGUUGUCUUGUUAAUACGUUAGGGACAGUACGUUGUCUUGUUAAUACGUUAGGGACAGUACGUUGUCUUGUUAAUAGGUUAGGGACAGUACGUUGUCUUGUUAAUACGUUAGGGACAGUACGUUGUCUUGUUAAUACGUUAGGUUAAUACGUUAGGGACAGUACGUUGUCUUGUUAAUACGUUAGGGACAGUACGUUGUCUUGUUAAUAGGUUAGGGACAGUACGUUGUCUUGUUAAUAGGUUAGGGACAGUACGUUGUCUUGUUAAUACGUUAGGGACAGUACGUUGUCUUGUUAAUAGGUUAGAGACAGUACGUUGUCUUGUUAAUAGGUUAGGGACAGUACGUUGUCUUCUAUAACCUUGGGUCUUUAGGCUAUACAAAUUAGCUGGGCACACACGAUUACCUCGUUAAUGAUUAGCCUUUCUUGACAAGGGACAUUUCUUUCAAUCAUUGUAGCGCUUCACGCAUAGCCACUCAUAUUUUUGCAUAUUCAAAGUGAAUGUUUUUUUUAAAUUGACCUGAGGAAGUUCACUAACUUAAACGUCAAACGUGUUGAGGUACUGCGUCUGCCUGAGUAAUUUGUAACUGAACUGUGGGGCUCGCAGUACCACUCUUAAGAGGGACAUGCAGCAUGCCAUGCAUGGUGGUGUCAGGUGUGUGUGCACCUCUCUUGGGGGUCAAACGUUUUUAAAAUUGUUUUGGUGUACAUUUAUUUUCAGGAAUAUUCUUUAAUGGCUUCCUGACUGUAAUUUGUCAGAAGUCGUCAGUCUGUCCAGCAGUGUGUAAUAGGAGACAGACAGACAGACAGCACCUCCUCGAAUCCCACAAACAUUCUGAAGACUGGCCUUUUGCUGCUCCUUCCCCUCUAACCACAGAUACAGGGUCAGAUCAGUUAUCCUCCCACUAACCGGUUACAAUUAGGACUGGGGUAAGGGGAAUCUGAUCCUAGAUCUGUGCUUAAGAGCAGGACGGAGCCCAUGUGCCAUUUACUAGCCCAUGUGCCAUUUACCUUCCCAGGUGAGACAUGCCUGCGGUCCCCUCCCUUAAAGACAGCAGCGUCCUGGGCCCUAUCGGCACUGUGUGCCCACACGCUGCCAGGCUACGCUUCAGCAAGCCGGAGCCAACGAUCCGACAGUAAUCCAGGAGGGCCUUUACAACUCCCAACAGAGAGGGUAGCCAACUCAACAGUAGAUGGACUAGCUGGAACAUCCAGGCGGUGGGGCGAAGGCAAGUAGAUCCGUCACGACCUCACCCCUGCACGAUGGACUGGGGGCAACCAUGCUAGACCUCACGUAAGCGUAUCCACCCUCAACAGUAAGACUGGUACUACCCUCAACAGUAAGACUGGUUAUCCUAACCCUCAACAGUAAGACUGGUAAACCUAACCCUCAACAGUAAGACUGGUAAUCCUAACCCUCAACAGUAAGACUGGUAACCCUAACCCUCAACAGUAAGACUGGUAACCCUAACCCUCAACAGUAAGACUGGUGGCCCUAACCCUCAACAGUAAGACUGGUAACCCUAACCCUCAACAGUAAGACUGGUAACCCUAACCCUCAACAGUAAGACUGGUAACCCUAACCCUCAACGAGUAGACUGGUAACACUAACUCCCUCAGCAAAGACUGGUAACACUAACAGUAAGACUUAACCUAACCCUCAGAAGGGAUCCUAACCCUCAACAAAGACGUGGUAACCUAACAAUAAGACGGAAACCCUCACCGUAAACUGGAAUCCUAACCUCAGACGGUCUUCAAGACUGUGUACCUAACCCUUAAGACUUGUAACUGCCGGUCAACAGUGAUGUAACCCUAACCCUCAACAGUAGCUGGACCCUAACCCCACAGUAAGACUGGUAACUACUCAACAUAAGACUGGUAAUCACCUCACAGAAACUGUAUCUACCCUCACCAUAGAUGGUAAACCACUCACAUAAACUGUACCCUACGUGCCCACAGUAAAAACGGUAUCCUAACCCUCCAAGUAACGCACCUGGUAACCCUAACCCCACAUAACUGUAUCCUAACCCUCAACAGUAAGACUGGUAACCCUAACCCUCAACAGUAAGACUGGUAACCCUAACCCUCAACAGUAAGACUGGUAAUCCUAACCCUCAACAGUAAGACUGGUAACCCUAACCCUCAACAGUAAGACUGGUAAUCCUUUGUUAUUCCUUCCACCUGCCUCCUCCUUCUCUACUGAUUUCCACUUUGUUCACCUGUCCAUCUUUUAGUCAGAUUCCAUCAAUGUUGUAUGAGCAUUGAGCAUUCAUCAACUUCAAUGAGUUAGUCAGCUAAACUCCCUCCCUCCUCCCUCCAGGACCAAAGCCCCUAAAAUCCUUACCAACAUCCUCCAGAGGAUCGGUGACACCCCGCUGGUGCGCAUGAACAAGAUCCCCAAGACCUUCGGCCUCAAGUGUGAAAUCUGUGAGUUGAUCAGGGUGUCUUUUCUCAGAACCCUUUUGGGAUGAAUUGAGAAACCUUAACGUGCUACAUGGGUGGAAAUGUUUCCCACGCAAUGUUUCAGCCUCGUGUGGGCACUUUUCUCACGGAGAGUUACCCAUUUAUCCGUGCCACCAUGAUAAAACCUAUCCUUCACCCAUUUAUCCUUGAACUUUGCAUUAUCUGCCAAUUAGACAUAGUCCAGAGAAUACUGUUGAAACAGGAGAGGGGGCCUUCAAGGCGCUCUUCCCCCUCAACGUCUCUUUCUGUUCAGACAUACAUAUAACACAGGCAGUCAAACCCUUUUUGAUUGGUCGGCUUAAGAAGUCAUGUGAAUUGGAUUUACUUUGGGGCGUCUGGACCUUUUUUUUUAGGGGUUUUCAGCUGACUACUUUGUAGAAUCCUUCAUGCUUGACUCCAUAAUCCCAUUUGGGAUUUGUUGCCAGUUAUAUUGUAUCCAAUGUAACAGUUUAAUUCUAUUGUUGGCUUAGGACUUUAGCACAGCAAUGAAUGACCCCACUUGUGCUUCAUACAUUUUAUAGUGUAAGCUUAUAAUAAAUGUCUGAGCAUACUGUAUAUUACACAAUGGGUCAGAUGCAUACGUGAAAGUCAAAUUCUUCCAGAUACUGUGAGCUGAGUUUGAUUUAGUUUGCCUGGUACAAUGGAACCAAUGGAGUAGCUCCAAAAGUGCAAACUCUAAACUAAAUGAAAUGAACAUGUUUGACCCAGGUCUGGUUACAUUAUCAGAUAUUUUCAGACAAGGUGGUGUUUUAAUUCAGAAUUUAAAAACAUUUGAAUCUGUGUGUGAUAAUCCAGUGUGUAUCAUUCUGUUUUGCCUCUGUGCAGUGGCCAAGUGUGAGUACUUCAACGCGGGCGGCAGUGUGAAAGAUAGGAUCAGUCUGCGUAUGGUGGAGGAUGCAGAGAGAGCAGGACAUCUGAAACCAGGAGACACAAUCAUAGAGCCCACCUCAGGGAAUACAGGUAACUGUGUGGGUGUGUUACAUCUCAGUAAAUGAUUAGGGAUGUGUCUCUCUAGUAGUAGAUUCACUGAAUAAUGUGUGUGUGUGUGUGAGACAGGUAUCGGUCUGGCCCUGGCUGCAGCUGUGAAGGGUUACCGCUGUAUCAUUGUCAUGCCUGAGAAGAUGAGCAUGGAGAAGGUAAGCCCCUCCAUUUACAUUAUGGAACUGAAGAUCAUUUAGGACUUCUGUAUGCCUGCCUCAUCAAUCUCCUCUCUGGGAAUUUCACAGGACCUAUUUGAUUGUGAAGUUUGCACAUAUGAUAAUGAAAACGCUGCCUGUCUGUGUGUUUGCGUGCGCCCAGGUGGACGUUUUGAGAGCCCUGGGCGCAGAGAUCGUCCGUACGCCCACCAGCGCUCGCUUCGAUUCCCCAGAGUCUCACGUGGGCGUGGCCUGGCGUCUGAAGAAUGAGAUCCCCAACUCUCACAUCCUGGACCAGUACCGUAACCCUAGUAACCCCCUGGCCCACUAUGACACCACAGCAGAGGAGAUACUGGAGCAGUGUGACGGUGAGACAGACUUCCUGUCAGAUCCCUCCCUCUGUUGUUCUGUCUUUCCUUCUCUCUAGUCUUACUGUCUCUCUUGCUCUCGCUCUCAAAAAAUACUGUGAUUGAAGAAAAAUAGUGCAGAGAUUAAGUUAUUUAGAAAUGUAAGUAAAUUAUUUCUACACACUUUCUACCUGGUUUAGGUUCAGAAUGGAGUAGUUUUUUUCUCCAAAAAAAUAAAUAAAUAAUAUAUUAAACACAUUUUAAUUUUACUCAGACACCUACGACCCAUUCAAAACCUUGUCGCCACCCACUAGUUGAGAAUCGUUGUCAUACAAGUGUGUGUGUCUGAAUAAGGUUUAACUCAUGGUUUUGGUCAAUAGCAAAGCGUUGUCUGAGCAGUUGUGUUGGCUUGUAGCCCUCAUUGAUACACUGUUAAUUUACAUGAUUUGUCUCCAUCUGUAUGAGCUAACCUGACACCCUCCUCAUCUGUGACCUGGCAGGUAAAGUGGACAUGCUGGUGGCAGGCGCGGGCACAGGCGGCACCAUCACUGGCAUUGCCCGCAAACUGAAGGAGAGGUGCCCCGACAUCAAGGUGAGUGAGCUCUGGGUGUCCACCUGGGAGCAUUUCCCUCCCCAGGUGUCAUCUGACUAGGGUUGGGAGCAUUUCAAUUGAAAUUCCUAUUCAAGUAUGGAAAGAUCCAUACAAAUAGAAUCAGUCUCAACUUGGAUCUUCAAAUUCACUACUUCAACACGACUGAAUAGAAAUGGUUCUGGUUCUGAUCAGAGGCUAUGGCUGUCCUUACUGGGUGUUAACUGUGUGUGUGUGUGGUGUGGUUCGGUCUGGUGUGGUGUGGUUCUGUCUGGUUUGUGUGGUCAGAUCAUCGGUGUGGACCCUGAAGGCUCCAUCCUGGCUGAACCAGAGGAGCUGAACAAGACCGACAAGACCCAGUACGAGGUGGAGGGCAUCGGAUACGACUUCAUCCCCACUGUACUGGACAGAUCAGUGAGUCAGAUGGACACACACACACUCGCAUACAUACAUACACACUCACAUACACUACCUCACCAGUGUGUGUUUACCUGUAGGUGGUGGAUAGCUGGUACAAGUCUAACGAUGAGGAGUCCUUCAACAUGUCCCGUAUGCUGGUCAGAGAUGAGGGCUUGCUGUGUGGUACGUUUGUCACCUUUUAGUCUCUCUGUCAUUCAUCUCACUGUCACCAGUGUCGACUCUAUGGCCAUGUUGCAGGUCAUCCUUAUUGCACAUACCCACAUCAAAUGAAUGUGGUUAAAGAGGCAUUCAAUACUUAUCCAGACACUGGGAUAUCUGAUCAUCUGCACAUUCCCACUUCAAUAAAACCACCUGGAACGCUGCCUAUGUCAUAGUUUUGAUUUGUGGGUUGACCUGGCCACGAGUCAUCAUGCCAACGUGUGCCCAGUGUUCACCAGUGUGCCCGUCUCUUGACCCCUGUGCCAGGUGGCAGCUCGGGCACGGCCAUGGCAGCGGCGGUGAGGGUGGCCAAGGACCUGAAGGAGGGCCAGCGGUGUGUGGUCAUCCUGCCAGACUCCAUCCGCAACUACAUGUGAGGAACCAGGGUCUAGACCAUCAUUAAAUAUACUGUUAUACUUGACUAUAAUAUACUGUAGUUCUAUAGUGAAUCUAAUGAUCUGUCAGCGUUUAGCUUAGCCUGACCCCUUGUGGCCAUGUCUGAAUAUUGCAGCUGUUGCCUCAUGCAGGCGUCACUGAUUCAUGAUCCCCUCUUUAAUCUGAACCAUUAACAGUUGUUCCCAGUGGAUGAAGUAACCAACAACCCUUCUCUUUAAUCUGAACCAUUUAACAGUUGUUCCCAGUGGAUGAAGUAACCAACAACCCUUCUCUUUAAUCUGAACCAUUUAACAGCUGUUCCCAGUGGAUGAAGUAACCAACAACAACUCUUCUCUUUUUUUCAGGACCAAGUUCCUGAGUGACAAGUGGAUGUUCCAGAAAGGCUUCCUGAAGGAGUCAGACAUCAUGGUGAACAAACCCUGGUGGGUCUGAAUAAACCCUGGUGGGUCUGAAUAAACCCUGGUGGGUCUGUGUAUCUGAACAAACCCUGGUGGGUCUGGGUCUCUGAAUAACCCCUGGUGGGUCUGAAUAAACCCUGGGGGGUCUGGGUCUCUGAAUAACCCCUGGUGGGUCUGGGUCUCUGAAUAAACCCUGGUGGGUCUGUAUCUCUGAACAAACCCUGGUGGGUCUGUGGGUCUGAAUAACCCCUGGUGGGUCUGUGUCUCUGAACAUGUCUUCAUCUAGUGAUCCAUUGUCUAUUUGUUUGUAGUUUUCUCUUAAAGGUGCAAUAUGUAGCUCUGUGGGCGACCUGACCAAACUCACAUAGAAAUGGGAGUUAUAGAUCUGUCAUUCUAAUUGGAAGCAAGUCUAAGAAGCAGUAGAUCUGUUCUAUGUGUGCCAUUUCUGUGCUUCCUUCUGUGCAGUUUUGCGUCUUUUUACUUUCGGUUUUGUACUACAGUUGAAAAUUCAGUUGAAAAUACAGCUGAAAAUACAAUAUAUUUUGUUAAUUGAAAAUAGAUUUCACAGAGGUUUAGAUGGUACAAUGAUUUUCAACAUUGCUUGUUUUGUCACAAACUGAUAUCAGGCGUAAAUUGUAGAGUUUUAGCAACCAGGCGAUGGCGGGGCGAUUUCUGCAUAUUGUGCCUGUAUUUUGUUUUGAUUUCUAUAAUUGGUUGUCUCUCUCUCUCUCUCUGCCCCCCACCCCCCCAGGUGGUGGAACCUGAAGCUGCAGGGGUUGAACCUCUCUGCCCCUCUGACCGUCCUGCCCACGGUCAGCUGUCAGAAGACCAUCAAGAUCCUGAAGGAGAAAGGCUUUGACCAGGCCCCUGUAGUGGACGCGGCUGGGUGGGUGUCCUCCUGCACUCCUUCACUGUCUCAUCUCCUGCCUCUUUCAUUCACAGUGGUCGCAUCCCAAAAUGGAGCCCUAUUCCCUUCAUAGUGCACUAAUGUUGACCGUGUAGGGAAUAGGGUUCCAUUUGGGAUGCGUCCAUUAUCUUUGUGCUGCUUACCAGUUCAUGGUGAAGAAAUUCAAUUAUUGUAGAGAAUUUGAAGAUAACUUCCAUUUGACAUAACCCUGGAAUUCAAUUAAUUUAGUAUUAUUGAUUUCUAAAUGUUGUAAACCCAUGUUUCACUUCUGGACACUCAAAACUGUAACUAGGCCACUCAGGAACUUUCAAUGUUGUCUUGGUAAGCAACUCCAGUGUAGAUCUGGCCUUGUGUUUUAGGUUAUUGACCUGCUGAAAGGUGAUAUUUGUCUUGCGGUGUCUGUUGGAAAGCAGACUGAUGACCAUCUGAUUCAAGUCAACUGUUCUGGUGACAUAAUCCAUGGGUAGUGUUGUUCUGCUGCUAAAAUAACUGUGUGUGUAGGCUGAUCCUAGGAAUGGUUACUCUGGGGAACAUGCUGGCCUCAGUGCUGGCUGGGAAGGUCAAACCCUCAGACCCGGUCAACAAGGUGAUCUACAACCAGUUCAAACAGGUCAGUCACACACACGUGUUCGCAAGCAUACACUUUUUCUGUAAGUAGUGCAAAUAGGGCUCUCGCGCACACACACACACACACACACACACACUGUAACCACCAAUGUUUGUUUAUAUGAUGAAACAGUCCUCUCUAUCUCACGUCUCAUCCUAUUCUCAGAUCCGUCUGACUGAUAACCUUCACGUCUCAUUCUAUUCUCAGAUCCGUCUGACUGAUAACCUUCACGUCUCAUUCUAUUCUCAGAUCCGUCUGACUGAUAACCUUCACGUCUCAUCCUAUUCUCAGAUCCGUCUGACUGAUAACCUUCACGUCUCAUCCUAUUCUCAGAUCCGUCUGACUGAUAACCUUCACGUCUCAUUCUAUUCUCAGAUCCGUCUGACUGAUAACCUUCACGUCUCAUUCUAUUCUCAGAUCCUUCUGACUGAUAACCUUCACGUCUCAUUCUAUUCUCAGAUCUGUCUGACUGAUAACCUUCACGUCCCAUCCUAUUCUCAGAUCCGUCUGACUGAUAACCUUCACGUCUCAUCCUAUUCUCAGAUCCGUCUGACUGAUAACCUUCACGUCUCAUUCUAUUCUCAGAUCCGUCUGACUGAUAACCUGGGGAAGCUCUCUCGCAUCCUGGAGACGGACCAUUUUGCCCUGGUGGUACACGAACAGAUCCAAUGUAAGUCUUUCUGCCUGCUAUAAUGGUAGAGAACAUGUUGCGAUAAGAGGAGUGAAGGUUCAUUGACAUGUCCUUUUCUGAGGGCAGUAACAAGGUGGUAAGGUGGCUGGUCUGAACCCAUUUUUAAACCAACCUGGUUUAAUGUCUGCUCUGUGCAUGUGACUGGUAUAUGUGCCAGUCUCAAAGUCCUCAGUUAUUAGGUCCCAACAUUGAUUUGGGCCUGCAACCAACCAUAGUCCCACCCUCCCCUGGUCCAAUGAUAGCUAUAGGAGGGAGCUAAUGCCACACUCUACCCUUCCCUGUCUUCUGCUCUCAGACUUGACGGACGGCUCCCCCAGCAUGAAGCAGAUGGUGUUUGGUGUGGUGACAGCCAUCGACCUGCUCAACUUCGUCACGGCCAGGGAGAAGAGGGAGAGGUCCUUCUCUGAGUGCAGUGACCUGUGACCGUGUCCCUGUGACGGCUGGGUCAUGCGCACACACACCUCGUGUACACACACAUUAGAACACAUUAAUUUACACAUACAGCUCACAAACAUACUUGGUGAUAUGAAUGACAAUACAAAAGAAUAUGAGGUCUUAUGAACAUGUUUGGUGGACAAACUGUUGUUGCUGCUUUCUCAUUACAUUUACGUCAUUUAGCAG